AUAUACAUAUAUAUAUAUAUGUAUGCAGUAUAUACUAUAUAUGUAUGUGUGUGUAUAUAUACUGUAUGUAUACACAGUAUAUAUAUAUACAGUAUACAUAUAUGUAUAUAUCUAUUACAUAUGUUAUGUUGGACCAUAGAUAAGCCUUUUGUUAUGUUGUACUGUGUAAACCCUUUUUAGCUUCUUUUAAAUAAGCACUUUAGUUGUCUUGUCAUAAAUAGAAUUUUAUAGAAUGAUAUAGAAUUCUUUAUUCCAUAAAGAGCAGCACCACAGCUGUGAACUGCACAUGUUGUGAUAGUAAAGCUAUGUACUAUAUAUGUCUAUAGACAUAGAUAUAUAUAUAGCCAGUUAAAUUGACAUUUCUGUCCAACUGUUCCAUACAUUUUUGUUUAAUUCAACUGUGAUGAUUCCAAUGUUUGAAAAUGUUCAUUUCAGUGGUUUGUAUAUUUUUGGAUGUAAAUAGAAAGAAGAUGAUUAUUAAAAAUCAUACAUUUUAUCUUAGAAAAUGUAAGGAAUGACUUUAUGUGUGUGUUUGUGUUUAUAUUUAUUUAUUCUAUGGUCUGUAUUGUCAUUGUACCACCAGGAUACAACAAAACCGAGCCUCUGCUUUUUAACCCAUCACCACAGUCAGCAGGGGGCAGUGUGUGGGGAUGCUCAGAGCACCUCAGUGGUGACUUGGCAGCUGGUGGACUCGAACCUGAAACCUUCCGGACCCAAGUCCACAAGUGUUUGUGUAUAAAAAAUGAGUAACCGUACUACUGCAGUACUGUUACUACCAUGUCUACUUUCUAAUACGGUAGUAUUAUAUAAUAAUAUUAUCUUUGUUUUUUAUUACUAGUACUACGGCACAUUUCAAAAUCAUUCAUUAUUUUUUAUUGAAUAUAUUAAUAUUGUUAUUAUAAACAUUGUUACAUGUUACAGCUGUUUGAUGGUGUUUCAUCCUUUUGUCGGUUGGUCAUGUGAUCCAAAGUAUUUUAUAUUGUAGUACUGUAGUAUUGUGAGAAACUGCACCUGCCAGGUCUUUGCAGUAUGUGCAGAGUAUGUGCAGUACCACAUGUAUUUGAAGAGUACAGAACACUUUGACACUGGUGCGUUUUGACACCCACGUAACAACAACGUCACCCGCAGGUCAGCAGGGCGGCGCUGUCCUCUGACUGUGACAUGACCACUCUAAUUAAAGUGUGUCCCUGACACCAGCAGACCAGUCGGCUUCACCGCUGCCCUCACACGUUGGAGAGAAGCCAGCGUUUCUUAACUGCUCAGAUACGACGAUGAGUUCAAAAUGUCUCAGCGAUCCACCCCACAAAACGGGUCGCUGCCCACACUCGAGGAGACACCUGAACUGUACAACAUACAGAUCUGUGGACUGUGUGUAAAUGGACACAGUCAAAGUCAAACCGUCCCAUACCUAAGUGUUCUGGUCAGUACUUCCAUGUCAGAGUACGUCACGUCUUUUAUCUCCUAAGAACGUUGCCUUUCAUCUGUCCACAGCCAGGGUUUUGUCUUCUGUCCUUUCACUCAGACGUGGUUUCUUCGUCACUCCCUGCUCUUUUCAAACGUCACAGGUGACACCAACGUUGACCAGGUGGUUCUGGAGGUUCUGGAACCAUGGCUGACCUGGAAGAAUCCACAAGGACCAAUGUGGUCGGAGGUCGAUCCUCCCAAACUUCGGAGCUGCCGAAGGAGACCAUGCAGUUGAAAAAGGAAAUUUCCCUUCUGAACGGAGUCAGCCUGAUCGUCGGAAACAUGAUUGGCUCCGGGAUCUUCGUCUCGCCCAAGGGGGUUCUGAUCUACAGCGCGUCUUACGGACUGUCACUGGUCAUCUGGGUGAUUGGAGGCUUGUUCUCCGUGGUUGGGGCGCUGUGCUACGCUGAACUGGGCACCACCAUCACCAAGUCGGGGGCGUCCUACGCCUACAUCCUGGAGUCUUUUGGCGGCUUCCUGGCGUUCAUCCGCCUGUGGACGUCGUUGUUGAUCAUCGAGCCCACCAGCCAGGCCGUCAUCGCCAUCACCUUCGCCAACCACCUGUCAACCGAAGGACUCUGGUGGCGUUUGCUCAGUAAACCCCCCCCCCCCUCCCGUUGUUUGUUUUCUCUGUGUUAG